AGCCAUUUUUCCAGAAAGUAGCAAUAGAAGCCUCUGCAGCGAAAGUGUGGCCCUUGGGGCCAACACCCAAAAAAAACGAGGGGAUUGGAAUUUCAGAUUAUAAAACGAUUUGUAUGCACAUUGCGGUACUUUUUAAAUUCAAGCCGCAUCAUAGCCCAAACGCGAGCGAACCCUAGAAAGAAUUAGUACAAAGUGAGGAAGGGGUUUAAGACAAAAAAUCGUGAAUAGAAAUAAUGGAGGAAUCAAGAUUGGUGACACCGGGGGAAGUUCUGGGCAAGGCGUCUCAAGUAAAAGCAGGGAAGGGUGCUUAUGUUUCUCAACGCAACAGCACCGUCUAUGCCUCUCUCACUGGCCGCUCUUGUUUUAUCUCCCCUCCGCCCAAUUCCAUUGACCAGAGACCAACUGUUGAGGUUACUGGUCACAACCCACAUGCCGCUGUUCCUCAACCCUCUUCUAUUGUCAUUGCACGGGUUACCAAGGUCAUGCCUAAAAUGGCUUCUGCAGAUAUAAUGUGUGUUGGCCCCAAGUCCGUGCGAGAAAAAUUCACUGGGAUUAUUAGGCAACAAGAUGUCAGAGCGACUGAGAUUGACAAAGUAGAAAUGCACUCAUCAUUUCGCCCAGGCGACAUUGUUAAAGCUCAAGUGCUUUCUCUUGGAGAUGCACGUGCAUAUCAUCUAUCAACCGCGAAAAAUGAAUUUGGGGUCAUAUCUGCAGAAAGUGCUUCAGGUGCAACAAUGGUUCCAAUUAGUUGGACAGAGAUGCAGUGCCCAUUGACAGGUCAAACUGAGCCAAGGAAGGUUGCCAAGGUUGAAACAUAGUCAAGUCUGACAUUAAACUGCUCUAAAUCAUUGAAACUCUAACAAGUGGAGAACAUACUAGACUAGACUGGCAGACUCUCAUGGAAAGAGUGGCUGAUGACAGCCCAAAAUAUUUGAUACAAUAGGGUGUUUUUUUGUUUUGUUAUGACAAUAGUUUAUUUAGUGAAUUUGAUUUGAUAUAUUUGAAGGUGUUGUAAUCUACAAGUGAGUUAAGUUAUUGUACUAGAGCCCAAGUAAAACAGCAAGUCCUCACAAGUACUUCAAAGUGACAUUGUGUAUUUGCAAUAUAUUAGUAUUUUGAUUUGUUAA